GGCGAAGAUGGCGAGAUCACAGGUCCGCACAAGCACUUCGACAACCUCUUUACUUGGGAGGCUGAAACAGUCCAGCUCUACUUUGAUCCGGAGCAUGUCUCCUGGCCGUUUUCUGUGGACCAGGGCAAUGUCCUGGUCUUUGCGACGCAGUGGUGGCAGGAGCUCGGAGGCUACGACCGAUUGAUGCGAG